AUGGUUCUCCAAUCUGAGGUCUAUCCCGGUUACCCUUUCCCACAGCAGGGCUAUUCUGUGCAACCGCAGGGGUACUACUCCACCAAUGACUACUACAGCACCCCUCUUCUGGGCAUGCCGGUGAUGACCAACCCAAGUGCCCCCACCCCUAAGUACCCCAGGCACCAAAUGGUAGCUGGUGGAGGCUAUGCUCAGCAGCAUCAUGACUGGUAUGGCGAAAAAAGGCCCCAAAAUGGCAUGCACGACACAACUGACUUCUACUACAGCCAGGGCUCACAGGGCCAGAUGUUGCCUUAUAACAGCAACGACGGUUAUGAUUCCUCCGGUGGCAAACACAGCAACACCACGGGGAUCACUGGGUACACGGCAAACUAUGCACAACAUGUUCCCAUGGGAACGUACCCAAACUAUGCGCAACAUGUUCCCAUGGGAAUAGAGGCAAUGAAAUAUGAGUACUCAAGUUGGGGUAACGAGCGUGAACGCUUCCCAUUUUACUAUCAGAAUUCCUACAGCCAGCAAAAUGGCUACCCCAAGGCAGAGUGGAACCCUAAAGGGGUGGAUGACUAA